UUGUAAGAUACAUCCUAAUUUCAGUGAGAUCUCUUUGUGUAAAGGUGUGUCUUAAAACAGGAACUAUGGGUUGUUUAAUUAGUCUCUUAUCUGAUAACUGCCACAAAAGGGUGAAAGUCUGGAACUACUACUAAAGGGAAACGUACACAUCAAGAAGUGACCUCAUUCAGGAUGGAAGCCAGUUUUUAUAUUAGCAUGUUGCACAAUCACAGUGGUCAUAAAAUUCAUUCUGAAGGCCUUUGACUUGCCAGCUUUGUGGGAUUUUGUUAAUCUUCUGUCAGAGAAGAGAGUUGAAGUAGGAGCACCAAUCCAGAGCCUGCUGCUUUGCAAGAUACAGCGCUAGGCAUGGGAGAAACAAAGAUUAAAUUAUCCCGGUGCUUAAAUAUUGAAGAACCUCUGCUGCUGGCCGAACUCAAGCCCGGGCGCCCCCAUCAAUUCGAUUGGAAGUCGAGCUGUGAAACCUGGAGUGUCGCCUUCUCUCCUGAUGGCUCCUGGUUCGCUUGGUCUCAAGGACACUGUAUCGUCAAGCUGAUCCCCUGGCCACUGGAGGAGCAGUUCAUCCCUAAAGGGUUCGAAGCCAAAAGUCGAAGUAGCAAAAAUGAGACCAAAGGACGAGGCAGCCCAAAGGAGAAGACGCUGGACUGUGGGCAGAUUGUCUGGGGGUUGGCCUUCAGCCCAUGGCCAUCGCUACCUAGCAGGAAGCUCUGGGCACGCCACCAUCCCCAAGUGCCAGAUAUCUCCUGCCUGAUCCUUGCUACGGGACUCAACGAUGGGCAGAUCAAGAUUUGGGAGGUGCAGACAGGGCUCCUGCUUUUGAAUCUUACCGGCCACCAGGAUGUCGUGAGAGAUCUGAGCUUCACACCCAGUGGCAGUUUGAUUUUGGUCUCUGCGUCACGGGAUAAGACUCUUCGAAUUUGGGACCUGAAUAAACAUGGUAAACAGAUUCAGGUGUUAUCGGGCCACCUGCAGUGGGUUUACUGCUGUUCCAUUUCGCCAGACUGUAGCAUGUUGUGCUCAGCAGCUGGAGAGAAGUCGGUCUUUCUAUGGAGCAUGCGGUCCUACACGUUAAUCCGGAAGCUAGAAGGCCACCAAACCAGCGUUGUCUCUUGUGACUUUUCCCCGGACUCAGCCUUGCUUGUCACAGCUUCUUAUGACACCAAUGUGAUUAUGUGGGACCCCUACACUGGCGAAAAGCUGAGGUCACUCCGCCACAGCCCGGUCGACCCUGGCAUGGAAGACAGCGAUGUCCACAUUAGCUCACUAAGAUCCGUGUGCUUCUCUCCAGAAGGCUUGUACCUUGCUACCGUGGCAGAUGACAGACUCCUCAGGAUCUGGGCCCUGGAAGUGAAAACUCCAAUUGCAUUUGCUCCUAUGACCAAUGGUCUUUGCUGCACAUUUUUUCCACAUGGUGGAGUUAUUGCCACAGGGACGAGAGAUGGCCAUGUCCAAUUCUGGACAGCUCCUAGGGUCCUAUCCUCACUGAAGCACUUAUGCCGGAAAGCCCUUCGAAGUUUCCUAACAACUUACCAAGUCCUAGCACUGCCAAUCCCCAAGAAGAUGAAAGAGUUCCUUACAUACAGGACUUUUUAAGCAACGCUACUUACCUUACUUGUUUUCUCUGUAGCAGGAUAAAUCUUGGCAAAGGAGUAGCUGAAAUAAUGGACCAAACAUCUGGUCAUGGGCUAAAAUAGCAUUUCUUUGGGAUUGUGAAUAGAAUGUAGCAAAACCAGAUUCCAGCGGACUAGUCAUGGAUCUUUCUCUCCAUGGCAUGUGAAAGUCAGUCUUAGAAGCGAUUCCACUUCUGUGGCAACAGAGCCAAACCUUUUGGCACCUUUAAUCUGUGUCCUGUUAUGAAUAGCAAGUGUUGAACUCUUCCUAGUCGUUUUGAUUCAAAGUGCAGUUAUUGAUGUUUUUAUAAAAGUAAGUAGGCUUCCAGAGCCUCUUAGGUGGCAGAGAGGGUCACAUCCCCUCAACUGGGAAGUAUGACUUCUGCCUCAUACUAUCAUCCUUGCGUUGCCAAUGCAGUGGUAGCAUUGUUUCAAGUUCUCUCUCCUGCUAUGGUCAGGGUCGCUUUCCUUUCCUUCCUCUGGCUCCCUUCUGACCAGCAGGACAAAGUUUUCAUGGAGCCAUGUGGUAUGAGGUAUUAGCUUAACUAAAUUACAGGGGAAUCAGGCUAUGCUCCUGACUGAUCCAGACACUAUUAUUGGCUUUUUUUUUUUUAAUGGUGUGCAUGUGCAGAUGACCAAUUUGUAUGUCAGAUUAUACAAGGGUGUAUUUCUAAACUGCAUGACUGUUCAAAUAGCUACUGAGUGGUCAGUUGCCAUUUAUUAGCAUCAUAUUUAUUUGUAUUUUCUCAACAGAUGUUAAGGUACAAUUGUGUUUUUCUUGAUGAUAUCUAAAAACCAUAGUACUUAAAUUGAACAGUUGCAAAGAUGUGUCUUAACUGUGUAAAGAAUUGGUGUUGUCAUGAUUUAGCUGAUACUCUUGUGUACGAGAUCUGUCUUUGCUGCUUAACCUCAUUAGAUUAAUCAGCUGGUUUCAACUCUACCCCCAAACAGAAAUAACUCCUUAAAAGUACUGUUCUCCUUCAGUGGCAUGUAGUGACCUAAUCAAGACACCUCAUUCAAGCAAAAUCUGCCUUAGGAAAAUUUAAUAUAUUUUAAAUUAUUUUAAAAGAAAUGCAACAUCUUAUUCUUUAGCUUUCUUAAUUGGUGCUUUAUGGAGGCCAGUGAACUGUUAUAUGACUUGAGAAAGUUGAGGAAUUUCCUCUACCACCUCUGUUGCUUGAAGAAAAACAUCUUUUCAAAAUGAGAGGCUUUCAUUGAAGGAAAAAAAAACCAGUUAAAACCUU